CAGUUGGUGAAAGGAAGUGUAGGACAGGCAGGAAGCUCUUCCCUCUGCAGAGCGGCCCUCUGAUGGAGCGCUCCUGAACAGCACCAGACCUGAAGACCACCAUGCUCUGAUCCUCUUCCAGGUCCAGGCUUCUUGCUCCCUGUGGUUCUCCUCCUGCUGAGCAGCCAUGUUGGGGCGACCCGUCCUCCUUGCUGGACGCUGCAGGUUUCAGCUGCGCUGCUUCCUGUCCUCCCCUCCUCCCCCUCAGCCUGAACUGCACAGACUCCAUUACCCAGCAGGAAGUGGGAGGCAGGAUGCCAAAGGUGGGGCAGGAAGCAGGGCUGAUGAGUUCGGCCAGGUCGACCAAAUCUUAAAGGCAAAUGAAUACAGCUACACCCUUCCCAGAGGACCCGCCUCACAUGGUGUCUUGGGUUUCCAUAGCAACAUGCCAUCCAACCUCCCCUGUGAAGACCGUCAGAGUAGCGCCACCUGCCUGCCGGGCCGUGGAGGCGUCUUGUUCGGUGUGUUUGACGGUCACGCGGGGCCAGCCUGUGCCCACGCCGUCAGCCAGAGGGUUUACUAUAUCACCGUGGCAACACUCCCACUGAGGACCCUGGCGGAGCUGGAGCGAGCGGUGGAGGAGGAACGGGCUAUACCACCACUGCUGGAGUGGCACAAAUACCCCCAAGACCUCAGCUGCCCUGACGGAGGAGCGACCUCCUUCCACAGCCUCCGAAACUACUGGCAGGAGAGGCUGGAGACUGAGGAGGAGGAGGACAACGAAGAGAAGGAUGACAGCAGAAUGACAUCAGCAUUGGUCAGUGCAUUCCGUCGCCUUGACUACGACCUUUCUGUAGAAGCCCAGGUGCACCUGUCUCUGACCUCCCCCAGGCGGGUGUAUCUCGCUGGGGAAGUUUCUCUGACCUCCCCCCUCCGGGCGGUGCUGUCUGGUUGCACAGCCUGUGUCGUCCACAUCUCCAACGGCGUCCUGCACGUGGCCACUGGCGACAGCCGGGCCAUCCUAGUCCAGCAGCCGGAUGGGUUCUGGUCUGCGGUCAGCCUCACCAAUGACCAUAACGCUCAGAACCCUGAGGAGCUGCAAAGGAUUCUGGGAGAGCACCCGGUGUCAGAGCAGAGGACAGUGGUCCGCCAUGACCGUCUGCUGGGUCUGCUGCUGCCCUUCAGAGCGUUUGGUGACAUUCGCUUUAAAUGGAGCAUGGAGAUGCUGAGUCAGAUCUAUGAUACUCGACCGGACAUCCUGUCCGCGGUCAGCGAGGUGGUCAGGACGAUGCCACAGCACUACCUGACCCCGCCCUACCUGAGCGCCGAGCCAGAAAUCACCCGACACUGCAUCAGACCUGCAGACAAGUUCCUGGUUCUCGCUACUGACGGACUGUGGGAGCUGAUGCACCGCCAGAUGGUCAUUCAGCUGGUGGGCGAUCAGCUGACAGGCCUACAGCAGCAGAGACCCAUAAUUCCUGGCAAGGGCACAACACUGGGCGGGCUGCAGCGCCUCCUGCUGGAGAGGAGGGGGCGGGUUCUGUCGGUGCUGGAGGACCAGAACAGCGCCACCCAUCUGCUCCGUCACGCCCUGGGUAAUGAUGGAUAUGGAGCAGUGGCUCCGAACCGUCUUGUUAAGGUGCUGAGUCUGCCGGUGGAUCUGGCCCGGAGGUACCGUGAUGACAUCACCAUCACUGUCAUUCACCUGAACGAGCUCUAACACUUGCAGGAGUUUACUCUCUGGUAACCACCCUGCUGACCAAUCACUAGCAGCCAUGCUCACUCCAAACUUCAUUUCCAUCCAUGUUCUUAAACACAUAUUCAAUCAUGGCUCAGGCUGCAAUUUGUCCCUAACUCAGUGACCACAGAGGAGCGUGACUGUGAAACUGUGAAGGCGAUGGGGCAACACGGCAUCUGACAAAAGGUCCACGAGCGUCUAAACUGUGAUCUGAUUUUACUUUAGAAGAUCUCACACUCAGCUUUAGAUCACUUCCUGGAAGUUUUGCUUGUUGUGUGCCCACCUUAUUACUGAAUUAGGCAGAACAGUCUGAAUUAAAUCAUUGCAUAAAGCGUUGUGUUUUAGUUACUUUAUUGAACAGUGUCCAUCAUCCAACUUUGGCACUCCUACCCAGGCGCAAAACCUCUCUCGACCAUGUUACUCAUUACGUCCUCACAUAAGCACAUAGUGAGUUUCAAUACAUGACAUCCCUUGAAAUUAAAGUUUACCUUUGCAUACAUAAAUUUUCAUUAUUUCCAGCAUCUUCUUGUCUUGCUUUCUAACAGUGUUUUUUCUUUUCUCUAACUACUCCACAACACAUGUAACAUUUCUCAUAACUACGAGCAUUUUUCUUUUCAGAACCCUUACAUCUGUCAUCCCUGUUUCUUUAUUUAUGUCACCACAAAACCUCUCUGGUGUCUUUCUAAUCCUUUGGGGUCUGGAUAUCACUUGUUUCCCUGAGCCUGUAAGUGUCAAGAUCUUUGUCUAUUUCACAUUCUUCUUUUUCAGGAGUUGUUACUUGUCUAUAAUGUCCUUCCAUGGUCUCAUUUGUCUCAUAUUUCUUUACGUGUGUCGUGUUCCAGUAAUAACGAUCUCUGGUUGGUGAUUCAACUACGACUUGGUUUCCUGUUUUGCGCACAACCUUGUGUGGUGAAGCAUUAAAUGAUGUUGUAAACUUGUCCACUUUGUC